CAUGGAAUGCUCAUCAUCAGGGAAAUAAUGGAUAUCGUGAAAAUGAUGGAACUGGAAACGCCCAAUAUGGACCAAACGACAAUAGAUCGUAUUCCCCGCGGGAUGAUCACAGGAGAGGAAGCCCAGAUAGAAAUGAUUCAAGAAACGGGUAUAAUAAUGGAAACAACCGAUAUGUGGAAAGAUGGGACAAUUCAAAUGGGGAAGAAUCACGGAGACGGAGCCGAUCGCCCUUGAGGCACAAUGGAAAUAUGCAAGCUUUCGAUAAUUUCAAUGGACAAAAUCAAAGGACUUUUUAUUAUCAGGCAGGCAAUGUGCAAAUAAGCGCAAAAAUAAAUUUGCCUGAAGGAACAUGUGGAGACGAUAUGCAACCUUCUUGGCACAUUGGGAAUAGACAGGCACAAGAUCAAAGACGGGAUUCUCGUAUGGGGAGCAAUGUGAACAAUGAUGGUAUGAGAAAUACGGAUCAAAGUUUGCGUAGGCAAGAAAUAUCAUGCACACCUCCGAUGCGUUACGAAAAUAGACAUGGAAGUCAACAUUUCCAUGAAAGACAGCAGCAAAUGAGUUCUAACAAUGUCGGAAACGAACAACGUUCUGAAGGUAGAGGAACAGUUGGGCAAUAUUGCAAUGGACAAGUUAUAACACCCCCAAGUCGUGAGGAAAGGAUGCGAGAACUCAAUGGCCAAAAUCAAAGACAACCAAGGUGUUAUUUGGGGGCGAACGGAAAUUUCAAUGGAACAAGACCCAAUGAUGCGACAAGACCUCCAAUGUCCAAUGGAAGCAAAAAGAAGGCAAAAGCAUCGAGACGUGACGAUUCGAGCGAUGAUGAUCUUUAUGCUGAUGAUCCGAAUGAUCCGGAUUACGAUCCCCACUUGCAUAUGAUCGUAGUGUCAACUAAGAAAGAGCCCGUAAUGCCAGAACAACAAAGUUUAUCUUUGACUGGAGAUGAAAAUCAUCAGAAUGAAGGAAGCAACAAUAUGGAGUAA